CACUUCCUGGCGGGAUGGCGGCGCGGCGCGGGCGGCCCCGCCGGGACGCGGGGCUGGCGCGGAGCGGCCUGCGCGAGGAGCGGGUGAACAGCUGGAUCCUGCAGUUCUACUUCCACCAGGCCGUGGCCGCCUAUCGCUGCGGGCGGAACCGCGACUUCCGGCAGCUCCGCGACGUCAUGCAGGCGCUGCUGGUGCGGCCGCUGGAGAAGGAGCCCGUGGUGGCCCAGAUGCUGCGCAUCAUGCAACUCCUGUCACGGAUUGAGGAAGGCGAGAACCUCGAUUGCACCUUUGACAAAGAGUCAGAGCUCACCCCUCUGGAGUCUGCCAUUGGUGUCCUGGAGCUCAUCCAGAGGGAAUUCUCUGUGGCUGAGAAGACGAUGGAGGCUGUUCAGAAGAUGGUGAAGGAAGCUGCUGUUAUUGUCUGCAUCAAAAACAAAGAGCUUGAUAAAGCUUCAAAAAUUGUCAAGAGGCACAUUGGGAAGGAGCCCAAGAGCCAGAAAACCAAGAAUGAGUUGCUGACUCUCAUCCGGGAGAAGAAUUUCUCUCAUCCCAUGGUCAAAAACUUCUCCUACAAGAACUUCCAGCACAACAUGUUCCAGUUCCUGAAGGCCUACAUGGAUGAUUCGGAGCCACAGCUGCUCACGAUCAUGAAAAAGACUUUGAAUUCAGAACACAUCGGAGAACCAAAAAAUUCUGUGAUGACUCCUGAGCCUGCAGGGGGGAGCCUGCUGAAAGAGCAGGCAGCAGCUCCAGAGCCCUUGGGAAGGGCCCAGGGCCCAGCAGGAGCCCCAGAGCCUGCAGAAGCAGCACAAGACCCCAGGGGAGCUGCCAACCCUGAAGAAAGGGCAGAAGACCCUGCAGCAACAGCACGACACCCCGAGGGAGCCCCCAGCCCUGCAGGAAGAGCAGACCACCCCCCAGCAGCUCCCCAGCCUAUGGAAGUAGCUACUGACCCAGCAGCCACUCCCGAGCAUAUUGCAGCAGCAGAUAAUGUCUUGGAAGAUGGUUCUGAGCCUAUGGAAAUACUUGAAGAAGCAGCAGCAGCUGCAGAACUCCCAGGAGUGUCCUUCAGGGACCUGGAAGGGCAGCCCUCUGGAACUGUAACCACCUACGGGAUUUCUGUCCUGAGAGAAGCUUUCAAGAUCCUGUCGGACUCCCAGGAUUCUGAUGAGCUCUUCACCAAACUGGACGAAACAGACUUUUCUUUCCCCAAGCAACUGUCUCCUUCUGUAUCCCACAGAACCAAGAGUCGGAGAGAAGAGGAGUAUCAAGAUUCUGAGAUCUCAGGCCCUCCUGAAAGAUCCCAUAAGGGCAAACGCUUGUUGACCAUAAGCAAACUAGUCAUGGAGCAAGACAGCCAGUGCACCGAGUCGAGUGAGAUCCCAGACUCUUCCCAGGAGCCAGUUGUAUCCUCUGCUUCCAGACCUGUUCAGAAUCUGCAUGACCAGCCUGUUUCUGCUAAGAGUGCCAAGUCCUUGCAAGGAAGGUGGAACAGCUCAUACGGCCAAGAGGAAAAAGACAGUUGGACUGAUGAGGAUGAGCUCUUCUCAGAUGCGGCAUCGCUUGGGAACAACAGCCACACCUCUGCAGUCUUUGGUUCCAAGAAGCAGAAAUGGACUGUACAGGAGAGCGAGUGGAUCAAAGACGGCGUGAAGAAGUUUGGCGAAGGGCGCUGGAAAUCCAUCUGCCUGAAGUACCCCUUCCAGAACCGCACGCCCGUGAUGAUCAAGGAUCGCUGGCGGACCAUGAAAAAGCUGGGAAUCCAGUAAAGUCAUGAGACCUUCAGUGGGAAAACCUUUUUUUCCUUUGGAAAGCUGGACUGGAGCAGUAGCAGCAGGGAGGCUGCUGUGCUCACCCCUGAUGUGUGCUGGGGACUGAGGAGCCUUGUCUCAGGUGCAGCCAUGAGGUUUCAGUCGCCUGUAGGUGGCAGGAGCCACACAGCCUGAUACAUGCUCGGAAAUGGCCUGGAUUGGGAUUUGCUUUUCCACCUGCAGCCCGGUGGGCUGUGGAAGUGACGGUUUGCUCUGCUCAGAGGCUGCAGAAUGGCAGGAUAAUCCUGUUGGGGAGGAUAUGUUUGUGUUUUACUGGUCUGAACUGUGAGUUGUUUGUUUGGUGUGUUUGCACUCAGACCCCUGUGGUAGAGAGAGCAGCACAGAGCCCCCCCCGGGAGGCUGAGGAGGAAGAUGUAGGUGAGCUGAUCUGCUUUGACUUUAGUUCACUUGGUUUUUAUUUGUAUUUCUGCUUUGCCAGUGGCUGGUCUGUGAGUGGGAAUUUCUCCCUCCCAGCUUCUGAGGCUUUAAAAACAUGAUUUUAUUUUGUUUCAGUACUUAAAAUAUUGGUUAUCCCUGUGUUCAAAGUUGCAGUGUUUGCUGAGUUUGGUUGCGUCUUAGGGGCACUUCUGCUAAGGUCCCCCUGUGUUCAGCCCCUGUGAGCUCUGAGGGUGCUGCCUGUUCCCUGCCUCCAGGUCCCAAAGCCAGGCUCCGUGUCCAAGCUUUCUUCUGUACAAUAAAGUUCCUUUCUUGUUGGCUAUUGA